UUUGGAUACUUUUUUUUGCUUAUCCAUAUCGAUUCAACAUGGCAACUCAAAAAGGUAGAGUCACGGUUAGGAUUGUGAGUUCUAUUCCUCAGUUUAUUUGAAUGAUUACGUAACUAUUGACGAGGAUAAACACAAACAUUGCCCAAUGCGCCGUGUAUUGUUCAUUUCAUUGAUAUGUGAAGUGCUCAGUCGUUGACAGUGUUGUCGUGAAUUCUCAGUUUACCGUAUUUGAAGAGCCUAAAUAUGGCGAAAGAUACUCAGACAAUGUUUAAGGACUUAACGCAACGUUACUUCCAUUGGAAAAUGAAGUGUUACCCAAUUUUUGCCACGGUCCAAGGCAUCCGUGAAUAUGACGGACUCAUGCCCGAUAGAAGCUUGAAAGCAGUGGAGCACAACAAAUCUCAAUGUGAACAAUUCCUCAGGGAAACGAAGGGCGUUCUUGCCAUCCCUGGAUGCCAUUUAAGCCAUAAACAGAUCAGAUAUUUGAACCUAAUGAUUUUUGAAGUCAAGUCUUGUCUUGUGGGACACUCUCUUGGGGGACAUUUCUUCCCCGAAGUGAAUUUUCUCGAAGGAGUGCAAGAUAAAUUGCCCAGGUACAUGACAUUGGAGCAUUUCUGCAAGCUGGAGACAGUAGAAGAUUGCAAUUUGGUCUUGGCCAGACUGUCGUCUGUUUCACGAUAUUGCGAAGGGAUGAUCGAGGCGUUGGAAGCUGGCAUGAAAGCUGGGAUGACUUAUUCGAUUGAAGCCUUGAGUCGAGUUCCAAAACAAUUUGAAAGGCUUCAAGUCCAGGACGUGACUCAAUCAGCAUUUUAUGCCCCAUUCAUGGCCAUGAGCAAAACUGUAAACAUCGGCCAAGAAGAUGUCCUGAGAAUUCAAACGGAGGCCCAAAAUAUCAUAAAGCAAACAGUUCUGCCAGGUUUGAAGCACUUGAGUACUUUCAUCAAUGACAUAUACUCCAGAUCCAUUCGCAAAUCCCCCAGUAUAUCAUCUCUUCCUAAUGGUGAUGAAUUCUACAAGGCUUGUUUGCAAUUCCACAGCUCAGUGAAAGAUUUGACCCCUGAAUAUGUCCACCUGUUGGGGGUCAAGUUGGUCCGUGAACUUUUGGAAGGAGUUAGCAAGGUUGCUAAAUCCGUUGGGUGGAAUGGUGGACCUCAAGAAUUCUUAAAACAUGUACAAAAUGACCCGAAGCAACGGUUUCAAUCGAAAGCGGAGCUGGUUGAGUACAUCCAGGACAUGAUCAAGAACAAGAUUGGCCCCAAAAUGAAGGACGUCAUCGAAGAUCGAUUUUUAACACCCGAAUUCUACCACGUGGAUGUGGAACCCUUGCCCCCAGGUAAUGGAGCCAUGGCUUAUUAUUCAAGAGCCUCGCAGGAUGGUCGUCAGAAAGCGGCCUUUUGGCUCAAUUUGGAGAAGGUGGAAAACUUCAAGAAGUUUGAACUCAUGUCUUUGGCAUUGCAUGAAGCCAUUCCAGGUCAUCACUUUCAUUUGACACUCUUUAACCAAAUGUACGGAUUCCCAGAUUUUGUGAAGAACCCGGUUUACGACGACAUUUCUCUGUCUCCCAGCCGAGUUCCUUUUUAUACAGCGCAUAUCGAGGGUUGGGGUUUAUACUCAGAAUACCUGGGAUUCGAAAUGGGUCUUUUUGAGAACCCCUAUGAUCUCUUGGGAUACUAUUCGUGGAACUUGCUGAGAUCGGUGCGUUUAGUGGUCGAUACGGGUCUACAUCACUACAAUUGGACCAGAGAGCAAGCAUUGACGUAUCUGACUGAAAAUACGGCCUUGAGCCGCAGGAAUUCUGAGGGUGACAUAGAUCGUUACAUCACUUGGCCGGGACAAAGCAUCUCCUACAAGUUGGGCCAGAUCAAGAUCCUAGAAUUCCGGGAGCAGGAACAACUCCAUUGGGGCGAUAAAUUUGAUCUCAAGAAGUUUCACACGAGAGUCCUGGCUCGUAUUGGUCCUUUGGACGAAUUGAGCUCUUCCACUUUGGAGUAUGAUGAAAGUUAACUUUAUUCUCAUACGUUUAGAAUACAAAAUGUGUCAAUAUCUGAACAGACAUAUAUAAAUUGAUCGUUAAACCGA